AUGGCACAGAUAGGAGUAUUGACCCACCACUGGGCCAAAGAUGACAAGGUCGAGGAGGCCAAGGUGCUGCUCGACGGGAACGGUGAGGCGCAGAGCCGCGCUCCCGGAUUCCACGCGCGACAUACCUUUGUCUCGCUGGGCGACCCCACCAAGAUCUCGACCCUGGUCACCUGGGAGAGCAACGAGAUUUAUGACGCGUGGCGCGCCAGCCCCGAGCGGGCGGUUGCGAUGGCCGGCGCCGAAGAACUGUGGUCCCGACCGCCGGAGUCCGAGCGCUUCGAAAUGCAGGACUGA